AUGACCUCCACCACGCCCCCCGAAGUAGCCGUGCACGUGGAGUCCCUGAUCCCCAAAUUCCAGCUGACCCGGCUGCUCAACUCUGACCAAGCCGGCCGCCGCAUCUCGCUGCUAGGCACCGUUGACGCACAGCCCGCCCUCCUCAUCGCCGAGCGCGCCGCCUUCGACACCACGCCGGCGCUCCUGCAAUCCUUCUCCACGUCUCUGCGCAACAUCAAGAACCUGGGCGCCAACGACAUCUACGCGUGGUUCCUCGCAAACUCGGAUCCCAGCAAGGAGAAUGGCAAUCCACCGCCAGACUUCAAGCUCAACCUCAUCUACCCGUGCACAGACAAACAUGUGAAAAAGUACACGCAGCAGCGCCUCCGCGUCGUCACCGAAACACCGCAAAUCUACGCCGCCUACAUCCGUCCGUACAUGCGUGCCCAGCGCGACAAAGGCGCCCUCGACUGGAUCUACAAUAUCCUCGAGGGCCGCACCGAGCAGGAAGACGUCAUGUACCGCGAGUCCGGCGACACUGGCUUUCUGCUGCUCCCGGACCUCAAUUGGGACCGCAAGACCAUGGGCAGCCUGCACCUGCUGGGCAUUGUCGAGCGCCGCGAUAUCUGGAGCGUGCGCGAUCUGACGCGCGACAUGGUGGCGUGGAUGACGCACAUGCGCGACAAGAUGGUCCAAGCGACCGUAGGCUUGUAUCCUGGUAUUGAGCGGGAUGAACUGAAGCUUUAUGUGCAUUAUCAACCCACAUACUACCAUUUCCACAUCCACAUCGUCCACGUCUCGCUCGAGGCCGGCGGCACACAAGCGACGGGGAAAGCCCUAGGCUUGGAAAACAUCAUCUCGCAGCUCGAAACAAUGGCUCCUUCUUCUCCUUCGUCGGACGACUCACACCCACCAGGCAUGCACAACGCAAGUCUGACCUACCAUCUCGGCGAGCAAAGCGACCUGUGGACAAAAGUGUACUUGCCGCUCAAGCAAGGCCGACAAGUCAACGUAGAUGAUUUUUGA